AUGAGGAGUAUCAGCACUGCGGGAAAUCCACUGACUGUGGCCUGCAAAGCUUUCUUUGGAUUCAGUGGAGAAUCAGGCCCCAUGAUCUACUGGAUGAAAGGGGAAAAAUUCAUAGAAGAAUUAGAAGGUCACAUCAGAGAAGGCGAAGUCAGACUCCUCAGAGAACAUCUUGGAGAAAAAGAAGUUGAGUUGACAUUGAUCUUUGAUGCUGUAGAGGAGGCAGACCUGGCUAACUACACGUGUCACGUGGAGAACAGAAAUGGACGGAAACAUGCAAGUGUUCUUCUGCGCAAAAAAGAUUUGAUCUACAAAAUAGAACUUGCUGGAGGACUGGGAGCCAUCCUUCUUCUGCUUAUUUUGCUCGUGACCAUCUAUAAGUGCUACAACAUAGAGUUAAUGCUGUUCUACAGACAGAACUUUGGAGGAGAUGAAGCAGCUGAUGACAACAAAGAAUAUGAUGCUUAUCUUUCAUAUACCAAAGUGGAUCCUGAUGCAUUAGAUCGUGAUAAUAAUGAAGAGGAGCAGUUUGCACUUGAAAUUCUGCCAGAUGUUCUAGAAAAGCACUAUGGAUAUAAGCUCUUCAUUCCAGAUAGGGACCUGAUCCCUAGUGGAACCUACAUUGAAGAUCUCACAAGAUGUGUUGAGCAAAGCAGAAGACUCAUUAUCGUGUUAACUCCAGACUAUGUUCUCAGGAGAGGAUGGAGUAUUUUUGAGAUGGAAAACAGACUCCAUAACAUGCUAGUCAGUGGAGAAAUCAAAGUUAUUUUGAUUGAGUGUACUGAAUUAAAAGGGAAGGUGAAUUAUCAUGAAGUGGAAUCAUUAAAGCACACCAUCAAACUUCUCUCAGUGGUCAAGUGGAAAGGACCAAAAAGCAGCAAACUGAAUUCUAAGUUUUGGAAGCGCCUAGUCUUUGAAAUGCCAGGGAAGAAAAAAGAGGUGGUGUCUCGGCAUCAGGUCCUGGAUUCUGCAGAGCAGGGCCUCUUUGGAGACCUCCAGACUGUGCCCUCUCUUGCCGUCACAGGCACUUCUGCCACGCUGGUGGAGUCGCGGGCGGAUUUAGGCGAUUUCCAGCAGGCAGACUCAGUGCACAUGAGGCACUACUGCAGAGGCUACGAGUACGACGUGUCUGCAGCCACGCUGCCCAUGGCCUCCAUCAGCAACCACCACACGUACUGUAACAUCCCCCUGACGCUCCUCAACGGACAGCUACCUCUCAACAACGCCGUCAAGGACCCCCAGGAGUUCCACAGGAACAACCCCUUGCUACCCUUAUCGGCCAAGGAGCUCAGCUUCACCAGUGACAUCUGGUAGUGAACAUCAGGGCUCUUUAGAGAGGCUUCAUGGCCACCGUGAAGGGAUGUUUGUAAAGAACUUUGCCCUACCUGUGUGGGGUGAGAAAAGCUAUUCAAAGCAGCAGCACACUUGUUUGCUUUUCUACUUGAACUUUUUUGUUUACAUUUACAAAUUACUGACGAAGGGGGCAUUCUUUUGUAACUCAGUAAUGUCCUUCCUGUCUUUUAAUGUACAGUUUUAUUGCUUCUUUAAAAAGGAGGGGGGAGAGAAAAAAACUCAUCCUGUCACUUCACAGUAGGUUUACAAUCUGGGAUGGAUAAAAGGUCACUGUAUGCGAUCUCCAACAUCCAUACAUAUUUAAGUAAUAGUAUUUGGAAUACACAGAAGUUGUUGGGUUUUUCAUAUAGACUACAGUAGAGUUUGAAAUUCUAAUCAUGCUACAAAAAUUAUUAUCUCCUGCACAGACCACAAGGGGUGAAUCCUCUUGAAAAGGAAGGAGAAGGAAACCUUCCUGGUAACAUUGUCUUGCAAAUACUUCUUAGAAGAUGCCCAGCUGAAACAAUGCAGAUGAAGCUUUAUCAAUAAAGUGCAUAUUAACAGUUGCUACAAAAUAAAUCACCUGCUCCCAUCAGCAUCUCUUCAUUUUAUUGGGGCAUGUUGUAUUCCUAGUCAAUGGUUAGCAAUGUGGUUUUAUUAAACAACUUACUAGAAUACUGGAAGAUGUUUAGGACGAUUUUAAACAAUUUUUCUGUCAACUAUAGAUUAUUUCACAAUUUUUUGCAGAUUUUUAAUGACUUUUUCCAAAUAAUUUAAGUAUAAGUUUAGCUGUCUAUUGGCCAAUUCAUUAAUCUGGAAUUUCUUAAGGUCUAAGAUUUGUAGUAAAAUAAUUUUAUGUAGGAUUUUUUUUUCCAAAACCUGUAGUUACAAUUUGAAAUUAACCUUUUUUGUGAGAACAUCAGCAAUAGAAAAGAAGUACUACAGCAAUAUUCAGAGAUUAAGUGCUAAAUUAUUCAGAUUUACUAGUAAGUCUGACUUUCAUUGCAGUGAUAAUCACCUGAAAGAGUUUUCUCUCAUUUAUCUACCUGCCAAUUUAUGUACCUUUUAAAUAUGGCAGAAGCAGGAAUAUUUCUGCUGUCUGUGCAACUAGUGAAAAGUGAUGUUUUUAAGCAACUGGCAAGGUCUUGCAUUUCACACUUGUGUGAGUGAUCCCAUCAGUCAAAUAGGAUCCUGUCAUUUAUCUGCCAUGAAUGGCAUUCCUGCUGCUGGUGGAUGAGAAUUGUUACACAGGUGCUCAGCAUCAGGCGUUGCUGCUCAGCGAGCACCAGUGUGUUCCAUGGAGAUUUCCACACUCAGCUGCUUAAGGCAGAGUCAGGCUAUGGAGACAACCGUAUUAAAGGGAAAAAAAAAGCUCUAAAUAAUGGAGGCAAAAGCCAGUUUUGCAGGUUUUGGCAUGGCUUUAAUGAAAACACAGCAGACAUGAGAGCUGUGUCUCAAUAAGGUCUGCUGGAGCAAGUUCCCAAAAAUAUUUUUAAGGCAGGCAACCAUGCCUGUGCUUCAGUAUGUCUUUAGCAUUGUUCUCUUUGAUUGCAUGAAUAAAAGUUAGCACUCUGCACUCAGCUGCCUGUGGUUUCAUCAGCCAACAAGUUCAGUAAAUCCUUGACAUUUUGCAGUGGUUCCUAAAUUGUACCCUACAGUCAAAUGGAAACAAACACUGACCUAAGACUUAAAAGUAUCCAGAAUUGGCCCAAAGGCCAUGAAAAUGAUCUCAAAUGUGCAAUAAUUCAUGGAGGUCAGUAUUUUUCCAUUGCUUCUUUCCCCAGUUCUUUAUUCUGUGCCCUCCUUCACUAGUCAUUGUCUGUAUGAUUUUUCAUUAAGUUCUAAAUAAUAUGUGUUUCUCAAAUUUUUUGCUAAAAUUAUCAUGCAUUUGACACUAACACUAAAAAUGGAAAUCUAGAAAAGCUAUUAAUUUAUUACACAGUAUAGAACUAUAACUUGCUCUUUUGUGAAGUUAAGUUCCAAACAUAGGUGUUUAAUAGACGUAUUUUUCUACUGAGAAAGCAAUUUUACCUCCAUUAUAAAUAUAUGUAUUUCAACUUCUUCCCAAAAACUUACAAAAUUUGCACUGUUUUAUAAGUGUUACAGACUGUGUUUACACUGGCUGUGUUCUUUAAUGCAAAGUGUAAUUUAAAAAAGAAAAAAAAAACAGAAAAAAAAUCCUAAAUGAAAACCCUGCAUGAAAAGAGCUGCAUAUGUUUAAAUGAAAAGCUGUACUUUUCAUUAUUUUCCUUCCCACAUUACUCUAGAAUCUGGUUAAUUCACAUAGAAUGUUCAGUGAGAUUUUAAACCUGCUAGUUCUGUAUUAAGCAUGCAAACUCAAAAAAAAAAAAAAAAAAAAGAAAAGAAAAGAAAAAAACAUAUGCAGGUUGGUCUGCUUCUUUUAUUUACAAGGAUUUACUACAGGUAACAAAUUCAUUUACCCCAUGAUAAUAUGUCUCAGAGCAGAAGUUAUUCUAAAGCAAAAUGCAGUCAUGUUUGUGUUGAGGAAACAUGAAAAGAACAGGUUUUCAGUCAUUUUGCAAAAGCACAUUGUGUGUCUGUGUGUCAAUAUCUUUUAGUUAUAGAUGCCAAGUCACAAUCUGCUUUAAGAUUUCUGAGUGUGUAUUGAGUACUACAACAAUAUAUACAUGAACCAGA